AUGUCGGUCAGUGUCCACGAGACCCGCAAGUCGCGGGGCAGCACGGGCUCCAUGAACAUCACGCUCUUCCACAAGGCCUCGCACCCCGACUGUGUGCUGGCCCACCUCAACACGCUGCGCAAGCACCGCAUGUUCACCGACGUCACCCUCUGGGCCGGCGACCGCGCCUUCCCCUGCCACCGAGCGGUGCUGGCCGCCUCCAGCCGCUACUUCGAGGCCAUGUUUAGCCACGGCCUGCGGGAGAGCCGGGACGACACGGUCAACUUCCAGGACAACCUGCACCCCGAGGUGCUGGAGCUGCUGCUGGACUUUGCCUACUCCUCGCGCAUCGCCAUCAACGAGGAGAACGCCGAGUCGCUGCUGGAGGCCGGCGACAUGCUGCAGUUCCACGACGUGCGGGACGCCGCCGCCGAGUUCCUGGAGAAGAACCUGCUGCCCUCCAACUGCCUGGGCAUGAUGCUGCUGUCGGACGCCCACCAGUGCCGCCGGCUCUACGAGUUCUCCUGGCGCAUGUGCCUGGUGCACUUCGAGACCGUGCGGCAGAGCGAGGACUUCAACAGCCUGUCCAAGGACACCCUGCUGGACCUCACGUCCAGCGACGAGCUGGAGGCGGAGGACGAGCGGGUGGUCUUUGAGGCCGUCCUGCAGUGGGUAAGGCACGACCCGGAGCGGCGGAAGGUGCACCUGCCCGAGCUACUGCGCAGCGUGCGGCUGGCCCUGCUGCCGUCCGACUGCCUCAAGGAGGCCCUCCUGGGCGACGACCUCAUCCUGGCAGGCGAGCACACCAGGCUCCUCCUGGAUGAGGCCCUGGGCUGCAAGGCCAAGAUCCUGCAGAACGACGGUGUGGUCACCAGCCCCUGCGCCCGGCCGCGCAAGGCGGGCCACACGCUCCUCAUCCUGGGGGGCCAGACCUUCAUGUGUGACAAGAUCUACCAGGUGGACCACAAGGCCAAGGAGAUCAUCCCCAAGGCAGACCUGCCCAGCCCUCGCAAGGAGUUCAGCGCCUCCGCCAUCGGCUGCAAGGUCUAUGUCACGGGUGGCCGGGGCUCGGAGAACGGCGUCUCCAAGGACGUGUGGGUGUAUGACACGGUCCACGAGGAGUGGGCCAAGGCGGCGCCCAUGCUCAUCGCCCGCUUCGGCCACGGCUCGGCCGAGCUGGAAAACUGCCUGUACGUGGUCGGCGGGCACACGUCCCUGGCCGGAGUCUUCCCGGCCUCCCCGUCCGUGUCCCUGAAGCAGGUGGAGAAGUAUGACCCUGCGGCCAACAAGUGGACGAUGGUGGCACCGCUGCGGGACGGCGUCAGCAACGCCGCCGUGGUGAGUGCCAAGCUGAAGCUCUUCGUGUUUGGAGGCACCAGCAUUCACCGGGACAUGGUGUCCAAAGUGCAGUGCUACGACCCCGCCGAGAACCGGUGGAGCAUCAAGGCCGAGUGCCCACAGCCCUGGCGCUACACGGCCGCGGCCGUCCUGGGCAGCCAGAUCUUCAUCAUGGGGGGUGACACGGAGUUCACGGCCGCCUCAGCUUACCGCUUCGACUGCGAGACCACCCAGUGGACGCGCAUCGGGGACAUGACCGCCAAGCGCAUGUCCUGCCACGCCUUGGCCUCGGGCAACAAGCUUUACGUGGUGGGGGGCUACUUUGGGACCCAGCGGUGUAAGACCUUAGACUGCUACGACCCCACGUCGGACACGUGGAACUGCAUCACCACCGUGCCCUACUCGCUCAUCCCCACAGCCUUUGUCAGCACCUGGAAGCACCUGCCCGCCUAAGGGCACCUGAAGAGCCAGCCAGGCUCAGCGAGUUCCUCACACGGCAGCCCUGACUGUGCAGUGGCCUUGACCUUGUCUGCAGAGCAGAAAGCUCAGCCUGGCCCUGGAAAGUGCUUCGAGCUGCAAGCGUCCACCAGCUCUGGGGGCAACGCUGAACUGUUGACCUGAGAAGAGGAGCCAACUCCACCCCCAUGAGCCAGCAAGGCCUCUUUGGGUGUGUGGGCUUGCUGGCAGGUGGGCUGACUCCAAGACGCCCUUGUGGAGAAGAAAACCCUUCCUCUGAAAGCCUGUGGAUUCCGCUUUGUCAGCACAUCCUGCCCUGGGGCCUGCUGGCCACGCCCAGUGCAGGGCGCCCUGGUGGACCGCGCCCCUAGCUCUUGAUUGCAGGGCUGCCCUGGUGGGUUGCCAUUUCACCCCCAUCGGGUGCCCCAGACCAUGAGAGCUUGUCUGCCCUCAGAAAGCACGAGUAGAUGGUGCCCACAGUAGGUCCACGAGCCCGGGGACAGCCACAGACCUACAGCCUUGGGCUCCCAGCCGGCACUGAUCUGGCCAUUUGCUCCAAGAUUUAAAAAGCGAGGUUGUCCUCAAGGGGAUUGCCAGCCCUUUGUUCAUUGUUUCACUUGCAGGCUUACUGGGUCCCUUCCCUUGAGCACAUCACCAGCAUCUGGGUUCCUGGGGAGCCACGUGGGUCCUGCAGGGGCCAGCCUGACACCCCCUGGUAGGGUGCUCAUCAUUUAGGAGGAAAGGCAGUGACGAGCUCUGGUGCCCAAACUUGCGCCCCUCCAGUCGCUGCCCUGUGGGGAGUGCCUGGAGCUGGGUGAGGAUCUGGCCACCCGUGGCACUGCCCCAUGUGGGGAAUUUCUGGGAGGAGAGUGGCACCUUACAACCCCUUUACUUCCAGAAUUUGUUCCCCCACCCACAUGAUUGCCCCUCCUUUGCACAGGUGCCAGGUCUGUUGACUUCCAAGGAGCCAGACUGGGGAGCGGGGGCCCUGGGCACACAAGGCAAGAGCCAAGGGCAGCUUGGCCUCCAGGAGCACCCAUGCACUGACUCCCCGUGUCUAGUCCAGCUUCCUGGUCCUCAGCUUGAACUCAGCCUCCCGGGAGUCACUUGUCCCUCGUCCUGGGAGACUGUCAGGAAGCCCCUGGCUGGCAGGAAGGGGCUGGGUGCCACAGCCCGGCUGGAAGUCCCCGGCCCCUGGAAGCACACUGACACACAGCACAGGGCACCUUGUGAUGGUGCUCUCCUGACCUUUGUAUUGGUCCGAUCAGUUCUGAUUUGAUUUUAAAAGGCAAACCCACUGUGGUGGAGUCAAUCCCAACUCACAGCGACCCUACAGGAGAGACUAGCGGGUAGCAGGGUUGCCCGUGUUCUCCUGAGGAGCGGGUGCUGGUGGCACACCACUGCCCUUCCAGGAGUCGGCCAGCACCUGACCCUGUGUGCCACAAGGACCCCCCAUGGAAUAAAGGAAGGUUAA